GUUCGUGAAUUUUUUUCUCAGUCAAAGCAUUCCCGUUUUGUGUAUUCCAAAAAUGGUGUCCAGUGUAAGGAAUCUGUUGUGUCUAACCAUUCUGGCAGUCUUGGCCAGCACGGGCUAUGCCAUCCAUUGCUAUAGCUGCAGCACGCUUGACAAUCCCAAAGCCUGCAAAAAAAAUGCGACUACUUUGACAGACUGCAGUACCGUUGAACCUCCUGUUCACCUUAGCAAACUUUUUAAAGUUGGCAAUGCCACAGGCUGUAUGAAGCGUAAAGUAAAAAACCCGACCCUGAAACAAACGGGAACUCAAUAUGACUGCUACUUUGGCGAUGUAAGCAACAAACAGGGCUGCGAGAUGUCCGAUGAAGUAAAGAAACUGAAUUUCAUCAAAAUUUCCUGCAAUAUCUGCACCGAGGAUAAGUGCAAUGGAUCGGACUCUUUAGCUCCCAUUGCUGGAGCAAUAAUCCUUUUCUUCAGUGUGGCCCAUUUGUUGACUUAAAAGUGCGAUUUAAGUUUCUCACGUCUCAGUAAUAAA